UGGCGAAGCAUCUUAGUUUUUGUUUUUGUUUUUCCUUUCCUAAUCUUAGCAAAAACUGAUCCUAAAAAUGAAGAAGAAGAAAAGCGGCGAAUUGAGGCUCGGCGAGAGAAGCAAAGACGCAGACGAGAGAAAAACAACGAGAAAUAUGGAAGCGGGUACAGAAUGGCAUUCACAUGUUCAUUUUGUAAAUUUCGAACCUUUGAAGAAAAAGAAAUUGAAUUGCAUCUGGAAAGUUCUUCACACCAGGAAACAUUAACUCAUAUUCAGAAACGAACCAAAUUUGAUAAAGUAGUUAUGGAGUUUUUACAUGAAUGUAUGGUGAAUAAAUUUAAAAAAGCAUCUGUUCGUAAGCAACAGACACUUAAUCACCCAGAAGCUUUCAAAAUAAUGGAAAAAGAUGUUAUGGAAGGUGUGACUGCAGAUGACCACAUGAUGAAAGUGGAGACUGUUCACUGUAGUGCUUGCAGCGUGUACAUCCCUGCUCUACACAGCGCAGUUCAGCAGCACCUGAAGUCUCCUGAGCACAGCAAAGGGAAGCAGGUCAGAGUGUAACCUGUGCACACGUCUCCAGUUAGUGUUGCUCUCGUCCUUGCCCUCCUGCUCAUCCUUUGGCCGUGGUUUCAUGCAUACUGUCUUCAGUGUGCUCAGCCGUGGGUUUGCUUAGUCAGAGUCAUGUUAGAGUAAAGACCGUGGACUCUGGAGCAAGGCUUUCUGGGUUUGAUUCCUGGUGUUAUAGACGUUCCUUACUUAACGUCCUUUAUCU